AUGUUCACCACUCCACCGCGAACAAUGACGAAAACUCGUGCUACAAGAAGGAAGGAGUUGGAAGGCACGCAAGACCAGGGACAGUCAACGGCUCAGAAACACCCAUAUGAGGUUGAAAACAAACUAGAUAUAGAAAAAGACUCAAAGCCCAAGAGUUUGCCUGUUAAACCUUCGGCAUCGUUGAAGUCUAUACAUUCAACAUCAUCGUCAGUACGUGCUCAGAAAAAAAAAUUAGAGCUAGAAGCAGCCGAAGCAAAAGCCCGUAUACAAAUGAAGCUUAUUGAUAAAAAGCUUGAGGCUGAUCUAGACGAUUUGGAAUACAGUUCACGCUCAUCGAGGUCGCACACCAACGAGGAAGUUGAGAAGUGGUUGGAGCGCAGUCAACAGCCUGAACAUCCUGCCCCCGAGAAUGGAUUUACAAAGGGUGGGCCAAGUGCGCCGGCAGCAGGUGACGCCGUUGCCGGUAACGAUAAUGGUACAGUGCAAAUGUUGGCCAGCGCACUCAAGAAUUUAGCCGCCGCCUCAACAUCUCAGCAGAAUAAUUUAUUGAGCUGUAUAUCCACACCGCAAGAUUUACCAAUGUUUAGUGUUGACCCUAUGGACUGGUUACAAUUCAAGUUGGCAUACGAAGAAUCCACACAGAUAUGUAACUUCAGCCCUAAAGAAAAUUUAUGGCGUCUACGAAAAUGUCUUCGUGGACAAGCAAAAGAAGCAGUUACGGCUCUUCUUAUCACAGCUUCAUCACCUGAUAUAGUGAUGUCAACUUUAGAGUUGCAGUUUAGUAAUUCAGACAUCAUCAUAACUAGAGUCAUGCAGGAUAUAAGGAAGCUACAGCCCAUAUCACCUGAUUACCAUAAAGAUAUUGUGCCAUUUUCUAUUAAAGUAAAAAAUUACGUCGCGGCUGUACGCGUAUUAAACAGACACGAAUAUCUUCAAGAUACAAGCGUCACUACAAUAAUAUUAAGUAAGUUACCUACAGUACUUAUUUCUAUAUGGGCAGACUAUAGUUAUGCAUUUAUUGCCGGCGGAGUCAAGGCGAAACUGGAUAUUCUGUCAGAGAUUUUAAAUGAAGAAGCCGUAAAAAUUUCUACAUCUUUGGUGCAGUUAAUCAGCAAUGUUAACAACAUUAAUAAAUUUAAAUAUUCUGAACGCUCGCAUAAUACUUUGUAUUUUGUUCACUAUUCACUAAAUAGUGAACAAAAUAAAAUCGCUGUGAAGUGUCAAUACUGCAAAAAAUCUCCGCAUAAUUAA